GUCCUUUAACCCCAUUUUCAUCUUAUAGGUAGAAGUGCUUUUCAAGUUUAUAAACAACGUGAUAUCAAUAGUUUUUUAAAAACCUAUUACACACACUAAUUUGUGAACCUUUUAUGAUGUAUCGAGAUGAAUAUGAUGAACGGGAAGAAAAGGAAGAAUCCAGGUAUAACCGCAACCGAAAUAAAAAUAGAUCAACGGGUUAUAAAUAUUGGGAAAGAAAAUCACCGGAUUAUUGCAGUGGUCCCAGUUCACGUCGUGACGAUUCUGAGUCCAAUGAUUUUAAUAAUCAUGGCCAAAAACAAGUUCAUAAAUAUUCUGACUUCAAAAAUCCAUCAGGAUUUUCACGUAUCAGAUAUUUUGAACCCUCUAAUAGAGGGAAGCAAACCAAUGAGUCUGACAGACCAUAUUCUUAUCAAAACGAUAAGAAUCCUGCUGAGUCCCACAAAAGUAAAGGGAACCCAACUGAUGUGUCUGUAAGACAACCUCAGACUGUUACAAAGAAACCCGUCCCAACUAAUUCCAAUAAAUUAAAAUGGACGCCAAAUUCGUGGGCUGCAGGUCACUGUCCAGUAGACCCUUGGAAUCCAGUCAACGAGACCAAGCAAGAACCUGGUGCCCAGGGCAAGAAAAGGAAGUUGGAAGUAAUGUCUACACAAACUUCUUCCAGAGUUCCUUUCCAGACACCAUCUCCUGUUUUACAGGCAUUUGUGCAAAAUCCAUGUUUACCUUUUAAUUUGGAUGCCGUAUCUGAUGUUAAUAAUGUUAAAGCAAACCACCCUCCUCAGUUCCAGAAAAAUAAGCAACUCGCUAGAGAGUUUCCUGGAAAGGAUGGUUUCCUGCCCAAAAAAAAUACCCAAGGUCCAUCCAAUUUUAAUAAAGUUAAGGCAUUUCAAAACAAAGAUAUCUUGCAAGCUGUUUUAGUUGACAAAAAUAAUCCUCUAAAGGAUUUGAGUGUUGACAUAAAAAACGCACUUCUUUCUAUUAAAGCAGCUUUGAAAGAUUCGAAAUUAGUUCGUAGGCAUGUUUUUACCAAGUGGAAUAUUAUUAAAGGUAGACUACAUAUAACUUGUAAUAAUCGAAAAACUCUAAAUGUUUUGAGAAGUGCUGUUGCAAAGUUGCCACAUUUGCGUUUCAUAACAUCUCACGAAUUCGACGCUCUAACGAAAGAAAAGCCAUGCGAAGUUGAUUUGCUUAUUACGAAAAAAGAAAAUCCAUUUGCACCUUUAUCAACUGAAACACUCAAUCUAUUAAACGAGGAGCUUGAAAAGUCUUUAGACAAAGCAUUAGAAGAUAAUGCUUCGCUCAAAUUUAAUGGUAUUCGUGUAUUAAAUAAUAUGUUGCUUGUAACAUGUGCUAAUGAUGCAUCUGUAUCUUGGAUUAAAGAUGUUAUGACCAAAUUUGACAGCACAUUAAUGACCAUCCCGCAUUACCAAUUUUCUACAUUGAAGCAUUUACAAAUUGUCAUUCAAGGACCUCCUGAGCCUUGGGAGACGGUACAGAAACGUCUGAUUACUCAGAAUCCCAAUUUAAACGUAGCUACUUGGCAAAUGUGUAAUUUUACUCGUAACAAGAGCGGAAGUUGUACCUACAAUUUCUUAAUCACACAUGAUGAUUUUAAGGAUAUUAUAAAAGCUAAUCGUAGAGCCCACUAUAAAUUUUCAUCACUGCAUUUAGCAGUUUCGAAUAAUAAAGACAGCUUUGCUAAAUCAAUCGUGGAAGGCGAAUCAGAAAACUCUGAAUCGUGUCAAUUAUCUAGCGGUAUAAAAGAAGCUGCAUCAGAAACUGAGUCUUCUCUUAAUGAUAAUAUUGUGACUGAAUUGCGGAAAAUUUCUCAACUCUACAAAGUCGAAGAAACAACUGACGCAUCUGAGUUAAAUGAAAGCUCUUUUGAUGCUCAUAAUACAACCGAAGCAUCUAAUGAAAGUCCUACUAAUAGGCAUGAAAUCAUCAAGUCAACACUGACUAUGACAGAUGAAUGUCUUGAUGAGUGUCUUAAUGAGUGUCUGGAUGAAUUUCAUCCAGAGGAACUUGUCGAAAACGUUGAAACAAAAAAUGUUGCUGCUGCGGAAUGUAGCAAAGACGGUGCGAUGGAAACUGUCAAUAAACAAGAAACAUCUGAGACAGAAAAACAACUUUCAACUAAUGUGACAGUUGAAAAAGAAACGGAAUCCAUAAUGGAUUCUCCUGUUAAGUCAGAUGACUUAUGUGCUGAUUCGCACGAUAAUUUUUUAAAAGAAUCAUUCACCGUAAUAGAUGAAUGUCUUGAUAAACAUGGAUCUUAGGAUAAAUAAUUUUCUGUUGAACAGGAAUAAAAGCACAGUAUGUGCUGAUGAAUCAUCACAUUAUAAUAAUAAAAUAGUUUUUUAUAACUUAGUAUGCUUAUAAAUCUAUGAAUAAAAACAAUUAAUUUACAAGGAA